ACAAAACGUUCUUGGGUCUAUUAAUUGUCUAAUAAAUUUUUUGAAAAUACUUUGUUGAAAAAUUAAUUUGUGGAAAAUUUAUAAAAACAAGAAAAUUAUAACGCAAAUUGCAUGACAUUUCUCUUUGCACAGACUUUGCGGAAAGGAUUCUAGGAUAUACUCUGUUUAUUUUUCGUGUUACUGUUCGUGUAAUAAUCUCUUUCGAGCAAUGUCUGACGAGGCCAAAGAAGGUGAAGAAUUUACAUUGGAAGCAGAUUCUGAACUGCGUUUUGAAAUAGAAGACAAGGAUGCGAAAGUUUACGUUACGCUCAUUUCUGGUUUUGCCGAAAUGUUCGGUACAGAAUUGGUAAAGAAGAAAAAAUAUGAGUUUCUAACAGGCGCGAAAGUGGCAAUUUUUACCUAUCAUGGUUGCGUGCUAAAUGUAAAUGGCAAAACUGAUGUUAGUUACAUUUCAAAAGAGACUCCAAUGGUACAAUACUUAAAUUGUCAUGCCGCAUUGGAGCAAAUGCGUGCCAGUGCCGAGGAAAAGGAUGAACGCGGACCGAUCGCAAUGAUUGUUGGACCCUUAGAUGUAGGGAAAAGUACGUUGAGUCGCAUAUUUCUUAACUAUGCUGUACGGCUGGGUAGACGUCCGCUAUACGUUGAUAUUGACGUUGGACAAGGAUCAAUCUCUAUACCGGGUACCAUAGCUUCCAUACUAAUUGAACGACCUGCCAGUAUUGAAGAGGGCUUUUCUCAGACGGCGCCUUUAGUAUAUCACUUUGGUCAUAAAGGCCCUGGCAGCAAUAAUGUACUAUACAAAGCCUCAGUAUCGAAGAUGGCAGAAGUAACGCUGGAAUCAAUGAAUGUCAACAAGAGAACGAAACAUUCCGGAAUGAUAAUAAACACAUGUGGAUGGGUAAAGGGUGACGGCUACGCUCACUUAUUACACACAGCACAGGCCUUCGAAGUCAAUGCGAUAUUUGUAUUGGAUCAGGAACGUUUGUAUAAUGAGCUUUUGAGAGAUAUGCCUUCAUUUGUACGCGUUGUUUUGUUGCCAAAAAGUGGUGGUGUUGUGGAACGGAGUCGCGAUUUGCGAUCUGAACAACGCGAUCUACGUAUUAAAGAGUACUUUUAUGGUCAUCGUACUCCUUUCUAUCCGUUCUCGUUUGAAGUAAAGUUUCAAGAUUUGAAGUUGUACAAAAUUGGUGCUCCACCGCUGCCGGAUUCCUGUAUGCCGAUUGGAAUGAAAGCGGAAGACAAUAAAACAAAAGUUGUGGCGGUAACUCCAAGUCCCUCGUUACUACAUCAUAUCUUAUCGAUUAGCUUCGCUGAAUCGACUGAUGAGGAUGUUAUUGGGACUAAUGUGGCCGGUUUUGUUUGCGUUACUGAUGUGGAUAUGGACAGACAGACUGUUACUGUACUAUCACCACAACCGAGACCACUGCCUAAUAACGUGAUGUUAUUAUCCGAAUUGCAAUUUAUGGACAUUGUGUGAAAGCAUUACAUAUUUAUAUAUGCCAAUUGUUCUAUUUUAGACAUAAAUAAAAUGUAUAUUUUUUCAUUCAAAUAAAAAAGGCAUAUUUUUAUUCAUAA